CAACUCCUUGCCUACAACACUUCCCUUUAUGGCUUUACUAUUAUGUUGCCAACCGAUUCAUCAUUCAUCCCCAAAUUUACAAACGCAGGCAUGAAUCAAGAGGUCACCAAUGGAGCCUCGAAAUCCAAAAAGAAUUCCAAAAAACCCGAAUAUUCUAGGUUUACACAGCAAGAACUUCCCGCCUGGAAACCAAUCCUAACCCCAGGAUGGGUGAUCACAUCGUUUCUAGCAAUCGCCAUGCUGUUCAUCCCCAUCGGACUUGUCUCUCUGUUUGCAUCAGAACGUGUGGUGGAAAUUGUGUAUCGCUAUGAUCAAGAUUGUGUCCCUGAAAUUUAUCGAGGCAAUGUGACUUCAUAUAUUCAAAACCCCCUCACUAACAAAACAUGCAUCAAGAAUGUCACUGUACCAAAGAAAAUGGAAGCCCCUAUCUUUGUGUAUUAUCAGCUUGACAACUUCUACCAAAACCAUCGUAGAUAUGUGAAAAGUAGAAGUGACAAACAACUACGUAGUGGAGAAGAUGAUUUUUCAACAAAAGGAUGUGAGCCUGAAGCUAAAUCGAGUAGUGGGAAACCAAUUGUUCCAUGUGGAUUAAUUGCAUGGAGUUUAUUCAAUGACACCUACAAUUUACUAAUGCAAGACAAAGUUUUGAAAAUAAACAAGAAGGGCAUUGCAUGGAAAAGUGACACCAAGGUCAAAUUCGGGUCAAAUGUGUAUCCCAAGAAUUUUCAGUCUGGAGGUUUGAUUGGUGGUGGAAAGCUCAACCAAAGCAUACCUUUGAGUGAGCAAGAGGAUCUUAUAGUAUGGAUGAGGACUGCAGCAUUGCCUACUUUUAGAAAGCUUUAUGGGAAAAUAAGUGUGGAUCUUGAAGCUCAUGAGACAAUAACUGUUGUUUUGGAGAACAAUUAUAAUACGUAUAGUUUUGGGGGACAAAAGAAGCUUGUUUUAUCAACAACAAGUUGGAUUGGUGGAAAAAAUGAUUUUCUUGGAAUUGCUUAUCUUACAGUUGGUGGGAUUUGCUUGUUCAUGGCACUAAAUUUCAUCCUUCUCUAUGUUUUUAAGCCCCGGCCUCUUGGGGAUCCAUCCUACUUGUCAUGGAAUAGGAAUUCAAGUAGGCAUUGAAUUAGUAGGUUUUUUUUUUUUUUUUUUUUUUUUUUUUUUUUUUUUUUUUUUUUUUUUAAAAUUCCUAUUUUAAAAAUAUAUGAAGUUUAUAGGUAUUAACAUGAAGUUGUGUUCAUAGUUAUGUUUCUAUCUAUCUUACCUUGAAUCAAUGUGAUCAACUAAUGUUGAAUAUAAUGUUGGCAAAGAAAGUUGAUACCACUUUAACAUAUAUGAUUGUUUUGUUUAUCUUAUUAAGAUAAUCAUUGA